UAGAGACAAACAACCAUCCACUCACACACACACUGACACAUAUGGUCAAUUAACCAAUUAUCAAACUGUUUGACAAUUAAUUUAGCAAUUGAUUAAUCGAUUAAUGGUAAUGGUUAUGCGAUGUGCAAAAGAGACACUCACCUUGGCGUGCGGCAUGUGCACAGAAGUAUACCACUGGCUUAAUGGUGACACAGCACAUUGCAAUAAAGAGAAGGCCCCUCUUUCCUUUCACCCUUUCAUUUCCUCAAGCAUGUUAUGAAAUGAUGGUGGCCUUCAAGGGAUUUCCCUUCAAUGCAUGUUUGUGUUUGUUCUUUUACAUAAUUUCACAGCUCCAGAUGUUUAUGCCAUUGUGCGGUGUGAGAAUGACACCAUCAGGACGCGAGUGUUUAAGGCCGAGGGAAACCCAGAGUUCAACUUCAGAGUCAUCUUCUACAGGAGAUACCCCGAGGCGCACAUCUCUGUCGAGUUAUGGAGCAGAGGUUUACUGUGGGACACCGUCCUCGGCACGGCUCGACUCCAGACAGUGGAGUCUGAGAGGACUCGCAGCCACGUGAUUGACCUGCGAUUGACCAGCCAGUCCGGCUCUCGACACAGAGGCUGCGUUCACGUUGAGACGUCCUCCAGUCCCUGCCUCACAGACUUGUGACAGCAUCCUUGGUAACUACAUCAAUCCAUGGCAACCACUCUCCUCCCUGCUGCCAAACUUACUUUAGUUGUUUAUUUUUUUAAAUAAUAUUCAUUAAUCAUACGCUUGUCAUAU